CCGUUCAACUAAUAAUAAUGAAUAACUGCAACACCACCAUAUGGCCGGGAAUACUAGCAACCGGCGGUCAGAAUACACCUCUAGGAGGCGGGUUUUGCUUGCAUUCAGGCCGACGACAGUUCCUUCGAGUCUCUCAUAACUGGUCAGGCAGAGUAUGGGCAAGGCAAGGUUGUGAUUUUGAUAGACAUACAGGCAUUGGCGCUUGUCAAACUGGUGACUGCAAUGGCCUACUACAAUGCAAGGGCAUUGGCGGUAAACCCCCUGCCACCGUGGUAGAAAUGACCUUCGGUACCCCUGCUUCCCCGCUUCAUUUUUAUGAUGUUAGCACCGUUGAUGGGUUCAAUCUCCCUGUCUCUAUGGUUCCCCUUGUCAGGAGGGAGAUGAUGGGAGGUUGUGGGGUCGCUGCGUGUGAGGUGAACUUGAACAUGUAUUGUCCUGCUGCAUUGGUGGUUAAGACACAAGAGAAGGUUGUGGGGUGUAAGAGUCCUUGUUUAGCGACUGGUUUUCCUAGGUUUUGCUGCACAGGAGAUUUUUCUAGGGCGGAGAAGUGUCAGCCAACGGUGUUUGGGAGGUUGUUUAAGACGGUUUGCCCCAGGUCUUACAGUCAUCCCUUUGAUGAGAAAACUGGGCUUAAGACUUGCAAGGCUCCUAGGUAUGUGAUUACCUUUUGUCCUCCUACUUGAAUUUAUGCAGCAGAGGGCUUAAAACAUUCUACUAUUUCGUCUAUUUGUUGUGGGAUUUUUUUUAUAUUGGUCUGUAUUUCUAUGUCCAUUUCAAAUUGAAGACCGGAACAUAGUACCAUAGGGGUUAUUUGAUGAAUUACUAUUUCAUUGUUAUAAGAUUUGUGUUACUUGUUCA